AUGGCUGCUCGGCUCGUCGCCGUCUUCCUGCUGAGCGCAAGCUGUACCGCGCAAUCCUCGACGACCGCCACGACACCGGCAACCUCUGUCCCUGAUCUUGAGGACCCGGCGUUCAUAGGAUAUUAUGUAGCCCCGACCACUGUUCAAAGAUUGGCUGCUGGCUCUGGCUCAUCCUGGGUCACCUCCGGGAAGUACGCGGGUGACUGUUCCGAGACAUCGGAUUGUGUAUUCGCGACCGCGUGCGCUGGGGAAACCGCCCAAUACAACAACGGCGGGAGCGUUGUAUGUUCCAAUGGCUUAUCAUGUGUCGCCUUCACCAUCUUCCAGAGCUCGCCUGGCGGUCUUCCCUCUGCCACCAAUAUAGGCUGCCGCGCUGCUUGGGUGGCAAAUACUGUUUAUAGAGAGUUGCCAUCGACUGUGACAUCGACAGUUACGUCUUCGUCGACAUUGUCGGCCUCAGUAACUGGAACUACAAAAUCAGUCUCGUCAACAACAGCAGGCACGACGCAACCGGCCAGUAGCGCUGGCAACAGUGGUGGAUCGGGGAGCAAUGCAUGGAUUGCUGGAGCAGUCAUCGGGCCUAUCGCUGCAGUCGCGCUCAUUGGUCUACUCAUCUGCUUCUUCGCGAGAAGGAAGCAGAAAAUAAGGGGCAUGUCAGCAGGGCCAACGCCACCACAGGCCGCGAAUGCCGGAUACUACUAUCCAACCCCGACUGGCAGCCCUUCCAACUUCUCGGAGCUGCACUCUGAACACAAGCACCUACCGCAAGAAAUGGCCGCUUAUCAAACGGCUGCAGAGUUACCUACUCGCUGA